AUGGGUUUGUUCAAUAAGAAGAAAAAAGAUGCUGAUCAAAACCAGUCAGUAACACUAAAAAAAGAAGUUUCUGCAUUACAAGGUGUCAGCAUUGUUGUUGGAGUGAUAAUUGGUUCUGGAAUUUUCGUAUCACCAGUUGGAGUUUUAACAUAUACUAAGUCUGUCGGAUUGUCUUUUAUUUUGUGGUCCGUGACAGGGCUAUUCAGCACUCUUGGCGCAAUUGUGUACGCCGAGUUAGGAGUCACGAUUCCUCGAUCUGGUGGAGAAUAUAUUUACAUCCUCCAGACAUUUGGACCCUUGCCCGCCUUUCUUGCUUUCUGGAUCACAUUCGUAGUGAUUGGAUCCGCCAGUUGUGCUGCAAAUGGACUUAUCUUUGCAGAGUAUAUUCUCCGGCCAGCAUUCCUUAGUUGCAAUACUCCCACUUAUGCUGUUCGACUUGUUGCAGUUUUGGGGAUUCUAACACUUUGUUUCAUACACUGCUUUAGUGUUAAGUGGGCAACGAAAAUUGCAGUCGUCUUCACUACUUGCAAAGUAGCAGCUCUAUUGCUUAUUAUUGGGUUUGGCGGCUACUACUUAGCUAUAGGUAACACGGAGAGUUUUAAGAAUUCGUUCGAAGAUAGUGAAACGUCACCAGGAGCGCUUGCACUGGCAUUUUAUCAAGGAUUUUGGGCUUUUUCUGGUUGGAAUUAUCUCAAUUUCCUAACUGGGGAAGUAAAAAAUCCUGCAAGGACUCUUCCAAUUGUGAUUGUCCUUUCGCUUACAACAGUUACACUAAUAUACAUUUUAACUAAUGUAGCCUACCUUGCCGUAUUAUCACCUACAGAAGUUCUCGCUUCAGGUGAUGGAUCUGCUGCUAUAGCUGUGAGUUUCGCAACGAGAUGUAUGGGCUCCUUUGGCUUGGUAAUGCCGGCUCUCGUGGGCGCCUCUGUGUUCGGAAGUAUAAAUGGUGAGGUAUUUUCCAUUUCUCGAUUGGCGUUUACUGCUGGAGAGGAAGGACAUAUGCCUGCCCUACUUUCAAUGGUUAACAUUGAACGUCUAACUCCAAUUCCGUCAGUGUUAUCUGUGUUACCUAUAUGGGUCCCUGUGUUGUAUCUGGUUGUCGACAUUGCUAUUGGAAUACUAACAGUAUAUCAGUCUCCGAAAUCCUCUGCUGUUAGUCUGGGUGUGAUGGCGUUAGGCAUACCGGUGUAUCUUUUUGGAGUGUCGUGGAAGAACAAGCCAAAAUCCAUGGAAAUGCUAAUAUAUCGAGUCACAGUUACUCUGCAGAAAGUUUUAAAAGUUGUUGUACAAGAAACUGCUCCUGACACUGUGAAAGAAAAUGGCUUCAACAUGAAAUCUGCACCAUCAUCUCCUGAACUUUCUUAGCGUGCUACAAAAUAAUAAUAAUGAUGAUGAUGAGUGAUCGGGAGAAAAAUUUCUAUAAUGUGUGUCGUUUAUUUAUAACCAAAUCGAACUGCUGAUACACUACUGUCGCUGUGUUAGUUAUUUUUUAUACUUUUGAUUUUCUAUUCGUAUGUAAACUGAUUCAACAACCCUGUGUAAUCUUCCAUCUUAUCAUCAAAGCUUGCACCAUUCUCACCACCAGCCUUUUUUACGCUUCCUCUUCGUGGUCCUCCUCCUCCGACUCUACUCCGCCUCCAGCUUAACGCCGCCUUUGUGACAUUAUGGCUUAUCUUUUUGUCUUUUCUAUUUUGUGAAUUAUACAUGUGUAAUAAUUGAUUAGUGAUGCCUACAACAGAAACCUUAUUCCCCGUUUUCGCUUAAAUCCAGUAUGAUUAUAUGAUUAUUAUUAUUGUGUUACUUUAUUGCCCAAUUAUGCUCCACAUUAUUCUUACAUAGCACCCACCCUCCCUCCUGCACGCC